AUGCCCGCGCAGGAGGUGCCGUGGCGCUGGCUGCGGGCGCGCAGGGAGUCGCGGGCGCUGGUGCUCGUGGUGGUGUUCGUGGCGCUGCUGCUGGAUAACAUGCUGCUCACGGCCGUGGUACCUAUUGUCCCCACCUUCCUUUAUACAAUGGAAUACGAAGGUGCUAAGAGCUCUGCUCCCCCAGGCCACGUGGAGUCUGCUCCUUUGCCCUCCAGGGCUCCUCCUUUCUCCUCCUUGUUCUCCUAUUUUGACAACACCACCGUGACCGUGACGGUCCUGGAUGACUCUCUCAACCACACGGGGCAGCAGGUGAACACGACAGAAAGGAGCAGCCUGCCCCAAACCCCGGAGAGCAGCUGCCUGGAGGGCGACGAGUUCCUCGCCAACGAGAACGUGCGCGUGGGGCUGCUCUUUGCCUCCAAGGCUCUCGUGCAGCUCGUGGUGAACCCCUUUGUGGGCCCCCUGACCAACAGGAUAGGAUACCACAUCCCCAUGUUCACUGGCUUCAGCAUCAUGUUUCUCUCCACUCUCAUGUUUGCUUUCUCAGGCACCUAUACCUUGCUGUUCAUCUCUCGGGCGCUCCAGGGCAUCGGUUCAUCAUUUUCCUCGGUUGCAGGCUUGGGCAUGCUGGCCAGCGUGUAUAAGGAUGACUUGGAGAGAGGCAACGCGAUGGGCAUCGCCCUGGGAGGCUUGGCCUUAGGUGUGCUGAUCGGGGCCCCCUUUGGAAGCGUGAUGUACGAAUUCGUUGGGAAAUCAUCUCCCUUUCUGAUUCUGGCAUUCUUAGCCGUGCUGGACGGAGCUCUACAGCUCUGCAUACUGCAGCCCUCCAAGAUCUCCCCCGAGAGCACCAGGGGCACCCCGGUGGUCACCCUGCUGCGGGACCCCUACAUCCUGGUGGCCGCAGGAGCCCUCUGCUUUGCUAACAUGGGGGUGGCCAUGCUCGAACCCACCUUGCCCAUCUGGAUGAUGCAAACCAUGUGCUCCCCGAAGUGGCAGCUAGGGAUGGCUUUCCUUCCUGCCAGUGUAUCCUACCUCGUUGGCACCAACCUCUUUGGGGUUCUGGCUCACAAAAUGGGGAGGUGGCUCUGCUCCCUCGUCGGAAUGGUGGUGGUGGGAAUCAGCCUCCUGUGCGUCCCUCUGGCAAAAAACAUCUACGGACUGAUCGCCCCCAACGGCGGGCUCGGCUUUGCCAUAGGCAUGGUGGACUCCUCCAUGAUGCCCACCAUGGCCUCCCUGGUGGACCUCCGCCACGCCGCCGCCUACGGCAGCGUCUACGCCAUAGCCGACGUCGCCUUCUGCCUGGGCUUCGCUCUCGGUCCAUCCACAGCAGGAGCAAUUGUCCGAGCUAUUGGAUUUCCUUGGCUGAUGGGCAUCAUAGGAGUCAUCAACAUUACUUAUGCUCCGCUUUGCUGGUACCUGCGCAGCCCUCCGACCAAGGAGGAGAAGAUUGCAAUUUUAAGCCAGGAAUGCCCUGUGCAAACCAAGAGCUACCCAGUGCAGAAACCGCAGCGGGAUUUGCCUCUCACAGACGAGAGCGAUGUGGAGGCAGAAAAUGCGGAGUAGCAAGUGCAGAGAUGUGUGCCCUGCUUUGAAGCUGCCCUGUGCACAGAGUCGUGGACAUUAGCACUCAGGAAUAGCAACGCAGCCUCUCCCAAAACUUGUGGGCAUGGGAAUCCUGGUCCCGUCGUUCGUCUGUUCUCUUGGCCACGUAAUCCGCGUUAAGGGAAGAAGAGCCAGGAUUUGGGAGCUCCACAUGUUUGCCCUGCCUCUCAUCUGCUGUGUCACCUCCGGACAAGUCUCUGAGCUCUCCACAUCUCGGCUGCUCAAAGGUUUCAAGGAUGGGAAAAGUCCUUCCCGUCUGUCCUCCGGGGGAGCAUCUUCCCGGCCACAUUCCGCACAUUUUAAGGGAUAACAUCAACACCUCUC